AUGGAAGAGUUGCAGAGAGCUCUUGAGGACCGAGGCUUAACCGUUUCGAAUGUUCCAGAGAAAGGCCGCUGCCUCUUUACCUCCAGUGACUUCUCUCCAGGGGAGGUGAUAAUAAGCCAAGAGCCGUACGUUUCUGUGCCAAACAACUCCUCAGCGGAAUCAAGGUGCGAUGCUUGUUUCGAAUCAAGUAAUCUCAAGAAGUGCUCGGCUUGUCAGGUUGUGUACUACUGCAGUAACUCAUGCCAGAAGUCUGAAUGGAAGCUGCAUCGUCUAGAAUGUGAAGCUCUCUCGAAGCUUCACAAGGAGAGAAGAAUGGCUGUCACGCCUUCUAUUCGUCUCAUGAUCAAACUCUACCUUCGCACAAAAUUGCAAACUGAGAAGGUCAUUCCUGCUUCUGCCAUGGACAACUACAAGUUGGUGGAGGCGUUAGUUGCUCAUUUGUCGGAGAUUGAUGAGAAGCAAUUGGUGCUGUAUGCUCAGAUGGCGAACCUUGUCAGCUUGAUACUUCAGUGGCCCGGUAUCAAUAUAAAAGAGAUUGCAGAAAACUUUUCCAAGCUUGCAUGCAAUGCUCACACAAUUUGUGACAGUGAAUUGAGACCCCUGGGCACAGGAUUGUAUCCUGUCAUUUCCAUUAUUAACCACAGCUGCUUGCCCAAUUCUGUUUUGUUAUUUGAGGGAAGGUCAGCAGUUGUACGUGCUGUGCAACAUAUACCCAAAGGUGCUGAGGUGUUGAUAAGUUACAUAGAAACUGCUGGAAGCACUCUGACUCGGCAAAAGGCACUAAAAGAACAAUACCUUUUUACUUGCACAUGUCCCUGCUGCAGUAAAGGGGGCAAGUACGAUGAUAUCCAAGAAAGUGCAGUUCUGGAAGGCUACCGAUGCAAGGAUAAUGGAUGCAUUGGCUUUUUACUUCGUGAAUCUGAUGGCAAUGGAUUCAUAUGCCACCAAUGCGGACUUGUUAGGAGCAAAGAAGAGAUAAAACAGAUAGCAAGUGAACUAAAAUCAUUGUCAGACAAGGCUACUAUAUCUACACCUUCUCACAAUUACCAGGAAGCUAUAUCUGUGUAUAAGGCAAUUGAGACACUGCAGAAGAAACUAUAUCAUCCUUUUUCAAUCUCUUUGAUGCAAACUCGGGAGAAGCUUUUAAAGAUUUUGAUGGAGCUGGAAGACUGGAGUGAAGCUCUAGCGUAUUGUAGACUGACCAUUCCAGUGUAUCAAAGAGUAUAUCCAGGUUGUCAUCCUUUGCUUGGAUUGCAAUAUUAUACCUGUGGAAAGCUCGAAUGGUUACUAGGAGACACAGAGAAUGCUGUCAAAUCUCUGACCAAGGCGGUAGAUAUACUGCGGAUUACUCAUGGGACAAGCACACCUUUCAUGAAGGACCUGUUCGUGAGGUUGGAGGAAGCACGCGCUGAAGCUUCUUAUAAAUUUUCAUCAAAAGAAUAG